AUCCCCUAAGCAAUAUCACUUCUCAAGCUCUACUCCACCAGUUUCAGAUCGCCAUGGCCACUGACAUUGACGACGGCACCUCCACCAACUUUACGCCCACUAUCCACAACACACCGUACCUGGCCAUCUCUCCCACCAAACCAGCUCUGAGCCAGGCGGGCAAAACAGUCCUCGUCACCGGCGGCGGUACCGGCAUCGGCAAAGCCAUCGCCCACAACUUCGUCCUCGCCUCCGCCGCGACCGUCAUUAUCCUCGGGCGCCGUGUAUCCAAGCUCCAAGAGGCCGCAGGUGAGCUUGAGGCUGCCGGGAAGCAGGCCGGGAAGACAGUCAAUAUCAUUGCCAAAGGCUGCGACGUUACGGACGACGAGGAAGUUAAGCGUCUAUGGGAUGGCCUGGGGAAGGAAGGCGUGCACGUGGAUGUGCUCGUCCUUAACUCCGCCAAAGACACGCCGCCGCAGACCAUUUUCGAGCUAGGCACGGCGGAGGUGUGGACCAUGUUCGAGGCCAACGUCAAGGGGCCCCUCCAUUUCGCGGAGCGUUUCCAUAAGCAGCGCUGCGAAGGGCCUGCAACGACGAAGUAUCUCAUCAACGUCUCCACUGCCGCCAUCCACAUGCGUGGUCAUCCUCUCGUGGACACGCGCCCGGCCUACAGCCUCACCAAGAGCAGCGGCACCCUGGCAAUCCAGAUCCUCGCCGAUCGGAUCCCAGUAGAGGAAAUGCAGAUUCUUAGUUUUCACCCCGGCAUGGUGUACGGAGCCCCAUGGGAAGCGCAGGGGGUGCCCGAAGACGCGAUCCCUUUCGACGAUGCAAACCUCCCCGGCGCGUUUGCGGUCUGGGCCUCGUCCAAGGAAGCAAGCUUCCUGCAUGGCCGUUAUGUGUUCAGCUCCUGGGAUGUGGAAGAGCUGUUAAAGAGCGAGACCAUUUCGCGCCUUAGAGCGGAUCGUGACUACCUUAAGAUAAGCGUUAAGGGGUUAGAUUGGGGGAGAAAGAUCUGA